AUGAAAUUGUUAGCAAGCCUCUCUUUGACUGCCCUUCUUUGGCAAGCCACUGCAGCCCAGCUCAUCGGGCCCGUCGGUCCAACGACGAGCUUGAAGGAUAAGAAGAUUGAAUGCAAUAUCCUCGACUAUGGAGCCGUUGCUGACAAUACUACCGAUGUAUCGACUGCCAUUGAGAAUACUUUUACCGACUGCGUUCAGAAGAACCCGGGUAGUCGCCUUAUAGUACCCGACGGCGAAUAUCUGCUCAACCGAAGUGUUGUUCUGAGUAACGCCACAAACUGGGCUUUCCAGCUUGAUGGUUUGAUCACCGCUGCGUACGGUGGCAAUUGGACAGUUGACCGUCAGUUGAUCCUCCAGGGGUUUGCUGGAGUAGAGGCGCUCAACGAUACUAUUAAUGGAGAGGGCGAUGGCCAAUUUCUGUUGGAUGUGUUUGUCAUUGUCAAUGCUGUGGAUUUCGAGUUCUAUUCAUACAACGGUCGAGGGGCUUUCCAAGGCCAUGGUUAUAUCUACAGGAAUCUGGACAACACCAACCGACCACGUUUGGUUCGACUAAUUUCUCCAACAAAUGCAUCUGUUCAUGAUUUGAUCCUCGUCGACAGUCCCAAGUUUCAUAUUGUUCUAGACUUUGCCGUCAAUGUGGAAGCAUACCAUCUGACUAUUCGUGGUGCGAAUCUGGGCAGCUACGAUGGAAUUGAUGCUAUCGGCACGAAUUACUACAUCCAUGACAGCGAGGUAGCGUUUCUCCCGAUGGUAAAGUUUCCGACUGGACACUUGCUCAUAUUGUUGCCUCAGGUUACGAAUCGCGAUGAAUGUGUUUCAGUCAAGUCCCCUUCUCACCAUGCAUUGGUGGAGAAUCUGGUCUGCAACCAGGCUGGCUCUGGGGUCUCGAUUGGUAGUUUGAAUGUGUCUGCUGAAAUUUCCAAUAUUGUGGCGCGGAAUAUCAGUAUCAUCCAGGGUAAUAACAUUGCUUUCAUCAAAACAUACCCCGGGGGAUCUGGUUACGUGACGAAUAUUACCUUUGACAAUUUCCGCUCACUUUCCAGUCUGUAUGGUCUUGAUGUAGACCAGUACUGGCAAAACACCUUUACGCCUGAUGACGGAUCAGUUGCUUUGAGUAAUAUUGUUUUCCGCAACUUUUCAGGAUCGAUUGCCGAUGGAGCUCGUCGCCCUCCCCUCUACUUGAUCGCCAGCGACCUGACGUUCGCGACAAAUAUCACGGUAGAGGAUUUCUCUAUCUGGACCGAGGCAGGCACGUCGGUUGUGAACAAAAUCAACAACGUCUUUGGCACCGGCGAUGACAGCUAUGGCCCCAAUAAUGGUAUCUUGUCUCUUAGCCCCGGCGAGGCGCCUUACACAUACACCAGUACCUACACGAUAACUGCAUCGCCCACAAACUGGCAAGCUCCGACGAGCCCGACCUGGGCCGCCCCGAGCACGGGCUAUGGAACUGCCUCUCCCAUUCCGGUAUACACACCAGCUCCGCUAUGGCGGCCUGGCAGGGUUGACUACGACUUGCACUACUGGGGAUCCUUCUAA